AUCAAAUGUACGUACCAUCGUACGGUCAAAUUAUCAAUGUUUAGGCUUUCAGCCGGUGGGGUUAGGGGGUGUGAAUAAAAUGACCCAGAAUCCGGUCCACUUGAACCGACCGACCUAAGAAAACCGACCGGAAGUUAGAUGUGUAGGUGUCACGCCGUGUCAGGGUGUGGAUGUAUCACGACUGUUUCUCUACGGAUCGGAAAAUUGGAGGCUUCGAGAAUGCAAGAAAAUGAAAGCACACGCACACGACGAUUUACAUGGUUCACUAACACAAUGUGUGUUAGCUAGUUCACGGGCGGGAGAGAGCCAGUUUCAUUAUACUUCGAGCACAUAUAGAUUACAGAUGAGUAUGAUGAGAAGUAUUUAUAGUACUUCUCCAGCGAGACCCUGUACGUGACUUCCUGUAAUAUCCCGAUCCCGCUAAACCCAUAUUUCGGUCGCUAGAAAUUACGCGAUUUAAAUCGAGUGUUUUGAUAGUAUGUCGACGAAAAUUGAAAUAUAUCGAUUGAUCGAAUAAAUAUCAGUAUUAUUUUCAGUCAUUGCGGCUGAUAGUCCGAUUCAAGUCACAUCAACAGGAUGGGGAUUGAAGGUUCUGGAACAGGAAACCUUCUUGAUGUUGAGUUACCUUGGUUGCGGGUUUGAGUGUCUAAGACAGUAUGCAAAUGUAGUUUGUGGGGAGGUUACAUUGUGUUGAUAUGAUUUGAAUCGCAACGCCCAUGAUCCACGGCGUAUGAGCUUAUACACAUUUAGAAUUUUGUUCUGGGUUUGGUAUGUAACCUUUUUUAUUAUCAAAUUGAAUUAGGAUUAGUUGUAUGAAGAAUUACUAUAUAUACUUCUCAAUCCCUUUGUAAUAUGUAGUCUCCUCAGUUAUAGUGAAACUGGCUCUUUCCUGCCCACGAACUAACUAAAACGCAUUGUGUUAGUGAACCACGUAAAUUUGUGUGUUCUUCUUGGUUUCCUCUUUCAGGGUUGAGACCCUCAUUGGGUUGACAAUUAGUUUUUCUUGUCUCCUAAAUUCUCAAAAUGUAUUGAAGAAUCUCUUAUACCUACGUUCUCAACUUCUCACACCGACGUCGUACAUAACUUGUUAACGCGUCAAUGAAACAAUAGGACAGACAACAACACCGCAUGCGAUUGCUAAUACACUCGACUUAAUUUAUGAGUGGUUUAACAUCUUUUUCUAGUACCUAAAAUCAUUUGCAAAAUAUUACUAAUCUGAUGUAAAUGGGCAUCCAUGUCAAAUUUUAACGGGUUGCUAAAUGAAGUGCAAGCUUCAUCAUUAACUUUUGUUUAUAGCAAGAUCAAUGGUUAACUGAAAUGAGUUAAAAAGAACAUGAUUAGUUAAUCAUGAUAAACUUUUUCUCUAUAAUGAACACAUAAUUAUUGUUUCAUUGACAAGUAGAGAUAUGGAGAUCCAAGUGACAAGAUAAAAAGAGAAUGCCUUUUUCUCAAUUUUCAUUCAAAAUAUAAACAAGAAUUUCUCCUCCUUUACACCAAGGAUCGAGGGGAAAGAGCAAAGCAUGUAAUCCGAAUGUGUUUCGGCUUUAGUUGAGAAUGAGACCUACGUGCAUGCUAGCUCUUUCCUUUCGUUUGCUUUUGAUCUUUUUUCAUGUUACGUGCUCCUACUUUCCUUUGCCUUUUUUUCGUCUUCACAUAUGGGAUUGGAGUUCCUUUAUUCAACACCACUCACUUGAUAAGCAAUAGGUUAGGUCAGCACCAUAUGUGACAAGAGAAUCCAACGUAUGGCAACACAAAAUGACUCGUAAUUCGAUUAGAAAAGGGGGUGAAUCUAGCUUAUGUACGAGUCUACGUUCAAUCAUCUUGGUGAUACCGUUUUGCAGUGGCAUCCAAAUACGUGUGUUCUGGAUUCAUUCAUAAAUUUUUCGAUCCGGUUGUUACCACGCAAUGCACAGUUUCCCCGACAGUUCCACCAAAACCGGACAUAAAUUCAAAUCAAAUUUGAAAUUCACAAACAUUAUCCUCCCUCUGUAAUUCAGGAAUGUGAGAGAUUACAACUUUAUGUUAUGUGUCAGAGACGUCACCUUGUAGUCGAGCAAUUUCAUGCUUAGAGAGAGCGACCAUAUGACUCUCUCAGCUAUCAAAUUAUAAUUAGAAAUCGACAUAAAAUUUAUAAAAAAUCAUGAAAAUAGAAUUAUUGAUUAAUCCUAACGUGUUUUGUCGACGUCUUUUAUCUAAUUGCAUGAUUCAAAGCAUUCGAAUUUCAUUUUGCUUAGACUCCACUUACUCAAAAUUUCUGGCACCGUCACUAACACGAUUAGCAGCCACUAGGGCUGCAAACGAGCCGAGUCGAGUCGAGUUUUUGCUUAGCUUGAGCUCGGCUCGUUUAUUAAUUUUUCAGCUCGAGUUCGGCUCGAACUCGAAUUUUUAUAAUCCAGCUCGAGCUCGAGCUCGGCUUGAAUAAAAAUAAUCUAGCUCGAGCUCGACUCGGUAGAGCUCGAUAAAUGCUCAUUAACAUAGCUUGUUAAGCUGAGUACAAGCUCGGCUCAAGAUGAGCUCGAUUUAAAAUCAUUUUUGCUGGAAAAAUGUAUAAACAUAAGAAUUUAAAUGAUAGAAAGAACACUAGAAACUAGAAAUAACAUCUAAAUUUCAUACACAUCUGUAUUAUAAGACAAUGUUCAUGUUUAAAAGAGUAAUUCAUCCUUCCACAAGCUCAAAACAAGGCAGCUCGCGAGCUUAGCUCGACAAGCCACCGAAUCAAGCUAGCUCACGAGCUUAUCAAGCUGAGCAUGGUCUAGCUCAGGCUUGGCUCGUUAACUAACGAGUUGGCUCGCGAGCCGGCUUGUUAAAUAACGAGUCGAGUGUCGAACGAGUUUUUUCCGAUUCGAACGCCGAGUUGCUCGCGAACGGCUUGGCUCAUUUGCAGCCCUAGCAGCCACUAUCAAAUUGUAAGUCCAACCCUCCAUUCCAUGUGAAGUGUGAAACCAAAAGAUCAGAAGCAGCUAGAAAGACGGCCCCCGUCACCAGAAAAGCCCAAUGAGCCCAAUACAUCACCUCGUUCCAUAAAGCCCAUUUUUAUAUUAGUGAGCACCGAGCCGGACCUAUCACCUUCUCGGGCCCAUUAGCCUACUCCAAUCCAAGGAACAAGCUUUUAAUUCGAUGUUUAGUAGGGACUAAGUUUUGGCGCAAUAUUAAUAGGUCAAAUUAGAUGGAGUUUGGACGAAUGUCAAAAAUCAGUUGAUUUCUAUAACUUGAGUUGUUGGGAGAUGUUACGAAAUAAAUCAUAUAUAGCGUUCUCUUACUACGAAAGUGAUUGUUUUGUUACAAAUUUUCAGAACCACGCUAUAAUUUUUCCAGGACAAAUGCAUGAAAAUAUUUUAUGACCGUUUUGUACAUAUAUGAAAGUUAUAUGACCAUUUUUGGGUAGUUAUUACCCCAUCUGAUCAUCAUAGAAGUACAAAGGUUAGAGAGAGAGAGAGAGAGAGAGAGAUGGUUGAGAGAGAGAGAGAGAGAGAGAGAGAGAGAGAGGUGAUUGUCCUUAGUGUGACCAAAGUAACAUCGUUUUCCUUCGGUAGAGAUUGAAGUAAAUGCAGUUUGUUGGGAGAAGGAUGGUCUGAUAUUAUAUGAUACUGAUGAAUAUCUUGAGAUUAACAGUAACUGAAGUAGAUUGGUCAUGUUAUCUUGUUCUUCUGUGGCAGUAAGUGUUGGAUAUUUAAAAAAAAAACCAUAAUGGUACUAUCUCUUAAAUUGUUAUUUUUCAUUAUGAAGUUCCAAAAUAAAACUACAAAAGUGACUUCAUGAUCAAUGUUCAAUGUGAGAUUACCGAAAUAGUUUGCCGUUUAAAAUGACCGAACCACGAGCUAACACAUAGAAGUGUUAUUAUUGUGGUGAACAACAAAAAAAUAAAAUUGUAAAUCUAUUUGUGUCAUAGACUAGAUAAUAGUAUCGAGAUUAUGAUUUUCUAAAGUUGUCAAAUUAAAAGGCUAUGUGUGUUCUUUCACUUUUUUAUAUCUAGACAAACUUUGCUGCCACUUAUCUAAUAUAUACUAGAUUAAUUCGAUAAAAUUAUUAGCAAAAUCUCUCUUAGACAAUAACUUUCCGAUGUAUCGUUCUUUUUAGUGGCAAAUAGGCAUUUUAUUUAGGGUUAAUACCUUAUUUUGGCCCGAACUAUGACCAUAUAAUCAACUUUGGCCCGUGGUUUCAGAAAUUAACAUCCUGGCCUCAACUAUGCAGCAUAUAGACUCAAUUGGCCCGACACAUAGUUUGACUGUCAAUUUGGACGGUCAACUUCGUUGACCGUUAGUCAACACGCCAUGUCAUUGCCUAGUCAACCUAAAAAUCAUUAAAAAAUUAUUUAUUAUCAAAUUAACCAAAAAUAAAUUAUAAAAUCAUAAAAUAAAUUUUUUUAUUUUUAUUUUUUGGGUAAUUUGAAAAUGAUAAAUUUUAUAAAUUAACCAAAACUUAUCAAAUUAUUUUUUAUUUUUAAAACUUCCCAAAAAAAUAUAAUUUAUAUCAUAAUUUUUAAAUUAUAAAAUUUAAUUUGAUAAUUUUGGUUACUUUAUAAAAUUUAUCAUUUUCAAAUAUCCAAAAAAUAAUAUUUUAUAUUUUUAGAAUUUUAUUUUUUGUUUAAUUGGAAAAUGAUAAAUAAUAGAAAUUAGGAAAAUAAUUUGAAUUUCAAUUUUUUUAAUGAUUUUUAUACUGACUAGGCAAUGAAAUGGCAUGUUGACUAACGGUCAACGGAGUUGACCGUCCAAAUUGACGGUCAAACUAUGUGUCGGGCCAAUUGAGUCUAUAUGUUGUAUAGUUGAGGCAAUGAUGUUAAUUUCUGAAACCACGGGCCAAAGUUGAUUAUAUGGUUAUAGUGCGGCCAAAAUAAGGUAUUAACCCUUUUAUUUAUAGUUCAUCAGCUUCUGAUCGACUACCUCAAAACACUAAGUUUUUUUUGUGAGAAAAAUGAAAAACCUCAAACACUAAGUUUAUUAGUUGUAUGUCAUAAUUGAUGUCUAGUUAUUAUAGUUAGUUUUUUUUUCCUUCUUUCCCAUAGUAUAGCUCAUCUUUUCCCCCUAAUUGGUCCAAACAAACUAACACAAAAUGAGGGAACUCAUUGAUGCCAAGGCACAGAAAAAGAAAGAAGACAAUUGCCUACUUCCACCUCUAAUUCUUAAAGAGUCACCUAACAAGUACACAAGCUUAUAUAUAGCAUUUAUUAUUUACCCAGCCAGCAAAAUUCUAAGUUAUCUAUCUAUAUCCUCACUGGUUUUACCAUGAGCAGCAUGGCAGCUAGCUAGCUAGCUGUAUUAUAGAGCAUGCAGAAGCUUAGCAGAAAGAAGGAUGGUGCAAAUGUUGUUGGGUGGAAAUGGAGUUUGUCCCUUUUUCCCAAAUGGACAAUGGGAAGUUGGGGAGGUAGAAAGGAAAGUAUUAAGUGAUAGAGAAAGCUCAAAUGGAUGGCAGAGGAAGAGUCAUAUAGAUAGAUGGAUGGCAGUAGUUAAGGGCAUGCAACAGUCUUUGAAGUACAAAUCAUCAAUCAUUGCAAACUUUGGCUCUCUCUCUCUGGUCCUGAUGAAGAGCUAUUUGCAACCCACUUCUCUCAUUGCAGAUAGUGCAGUUUUACUGAUUAUCCUCCUCAAUCUCAGCUUAGCUAGGUUUGAAUCGACCUUGUAUUUGAAUCGACCGUAACAUAUUUCGUAUAAGUUAAAGACUAUGAUGCAUGUUAUGAUAGUAAUUUAUUCAUCCCAAUAAAAUCAGUUUAUUCAUUUUCAAAUAAUUAGACGAGGUUAAAUUAUGAAUCAUAUCAUACCAAGCAUGAAAAUGAGACACUUUUUUCAUUUAUCGAUGAUGAUAUGUGUAUGAAAUGAGAAAUUUGUGCAGGUCUCACCAUUCUAUCUCAACAUUUCUUAAACCAACCAUCAAUAUUACGAACGAUUAUUAUAUAGGGUUCUUGUACAAGACUCCCCGCCAUAGUAUCUCAACAUGCUUAAAUCACCCAUCAACGCGACUAUGGAUUUUGUUGUGAUAUCAUAUCAAAAUUUUGUUCUUCUUCCUACAAGCCUCACCAGAUAGUAUCUAAAUAUGCUUAAAUCACCCAUCAACGCGACUAUUGAUUAGAUGUGAUAUCAUAUCGAAAAUUCCAACCAAACUUAAGUAGAAUUCACAUUUGAAAACCCACUAAAUAAACUUCAUUUCCCCUCAUGGAUGCACAACUACAAAGGAUAAUUUCAUUCAUCUCCAUGCAUGCAUGAGUUACAUGGCAUGCAUUGGCACAUACAUGAGAUCUCUUUGUCAUGAACCCAUAUUAUAAUAUUGCAUGAAUUGGAAACCCUAGCAUGUAAUUAUAUAAUUCACUAAAAAUGAAUGGGGGAAUUCCGAUGGUGUAAAAAGGUGGGUGUGUGUAAAAUGGGGAUUCCCAACAAUGCUUAAUUCUCUCUUCACAUUAGUCCAUACAUGACAAGUUACAAGCUUUUCCCAUUUUCAUCCCAAAGUCAAAAAUAGUAGUAAAAAUGUUGAAAGUCGAGGAAACAGAGGGAAAUGCUUGGAGAUUGGUUAACAAAACACAGACAAACUUGUUUCCAAUUUUCGAACAACUCGAACUUUGGUUAAUAAGAUUGCUUCCCAUAUAACCAUGGGAUUACAUUACUCUCGUACGUGUUGUCUUGGAACCCUACAUGAAUUAUAUAAUAUUUAGUCAGACCAACAUUAAUUACUUAAUUAAAUAUAAUACAUGGUAUUAUAUAAGUGUGACUACCUCGGUGCACUCACAAAAAUAAGUGUGCUCAAUGCACCCGACUCAAAAACUAGUUAUAAGGUGUCGAAUUUUGAAUUUUAAGAUGUAGAAUUAGUGUAAUAUGAUGAUAUAACAUAUGAUAACAACUAAUUAGUGGAUAACCCUAAGCUCUAGACCUCCAAUUUUGAGUUCUAUCAGUAAACCCCAAAUUAUAAACCCUAACCCUAAUCCUAAGUCUCUAAACUCUAAUCCUUCAAAUUAAAGUAAAUCUUUAAUGUUUUUUUGUGCAAAUUCAUGUGCGUUAUUGUUCAUCACAUCAUAAGUGAUGAUUGACAUCAUUUUGACAUAAAUCGCAUGUUUAAAAUGACGGUUAUGAAGCGAGUGCACUGAAUGCACCCAAAAAAGUGAGUGCACCGAAGACGUCCCCGUUAUAUAAGAAUAAGAGUAUGUUGGGUUUAUUGCAUCUAGGUUUUGCAUGUCUGUUUGAUUGAUCAUCUACGUCGAUCGAUUCAUGUCCAGCACUGCCUUUUUCUAUAUGGUGGCAUGCAUGUGAUCAAAUGAUCAUAUAUAUCAAAGAGUGAACCCUAGAAAAAAAUUGUUUGUCAUGGACCCUUUUUGAUGCUUUGUUUGGUUUCUGAUGAUAUCUUUCUCUCUUCUCCACAUUCUUUCAGAGAAGGUAUAGCUUUAGUUUCCACACAUCUAGCUUGGUAGGUAAUAUGAUCUAAUAUGAACACAUCUGAGGACUACGCACACAUGUGAUCUUUAUGACGAAAUUAUGUAAGAUCUACAAUGUUAGACGAUUAGAGGGUCUCCGGACGAGAAGUUCAAGUUGUUGAGAUGAACUUCAUGGUCUUGACGUAACAUCAGAGUUUGAGUAACUAGGAAAUAUAAGAUACAUUGUUAG